AUGACAUUGUUAUUGGGCCAGUCGGUCAAGAGCCGCCCCCCAUCCACCCAGCCCCCCAUCCACCUCAGCCCCCCAUCCACCCAGCCCCCCAUCCACCUCAGCCCCCCAUCCACCCAGUCCCCCAUCCACCCAGUCCCCCAUCCACCCAGCCCCCAUCCACCCAGUCCCCCAUCCCCCAGCCCCCCAUCCACCCAGCCCCCCAUCCACCGAGCCCCCCAUCCACCCAGCCCCCAUCCACCCAGUCCCCCAUCCACCCCAGCCCCCAUCCACCCAGCCCCCCAUCCACCGAGCCCCCAGCCCCCAUCCACCCCAGCCCCCAUCCACCCAGUCCCCAUCCACCGAGCCCCCAUCCACCGAGCCCCAGAUCCACGAGCCCCCAGCCACCGAGCCCCCAUCCCCCCAUCCACCGAGCCCCCAUCCCCCCCAUCCACCGAGCCCCCCAUCCACCCAGCCCCCCCACCCAUCCACCUCAGUCCCCCAUCCACCCAGCCCCCAUCCACCUCAGCCCCCAUCCACCUCAGUCCCCCAUCCACCCAGCCCCCAUCCAUCCAGCCCCCCAUCCACCCAGCCCCCCAUCCAUCCACCCCCAUCCACAGCCCCCCAUCCACCCAGCCCCCAUCCACGAGCCCCCAUCCACCGAGCCCCCAUCCCCCCAUCCCCCAUCCACCGAGCCCCCCAUCCCCCCCAUCCACCGAGCCCCCAUCCACCCAGCCCCCCAUCCACCUCAGUCCCCCAUCCACCCAGCCCCCAUCCACCCAGCCCCCAUCCACCCAGCCCCCAUCCACCUCAGCCCCCAUCCACCCCCCCAGCCCCCAUCCACCUCAGCCCCCAUCCACCCAGCCCCCAUCCACCUCAGCCCCCAUCCACCCAGCCCCCAUCCACCCCAGCCCCCAUCCACCCAGCCCCCCCCCCAUCCACCUCAGCCCCCAUCCCCCAUCCACCCAGCCCCCAUCCACCCCCAGCCCCCAUCCAGCCCCCAUCCACCUCAGCCCCCAUCCACCUCAGUCCCCCAUCCACCUCAGUCCCCCAUCCACCCAGUCCCCCAUCCACCCAGUCCCCCAUCCACCUCAGCCCCCAUCCACCCAGUCCCCCAUCCACCCAGCCCCCAUCCACCCAGCCCCCAUCCACCCAGCCCCCAUCCCCCAUCCACCCAGCCCCCAUCCACCCAGUCCCCCAUCCACCCAGCCCCCCAUCCACCGAGCCCCCCAGCCCCCAUCCACCCAGCCCCCAUCCACCCAGCCCCCAUCCACCCAUCCACCGAGCCCCCCAGCCCCCAUCCACCCAGCCCCCAUCCACCAAGCCCCCCAGCCCCCCAUCCCCCCAGCCCCCCAUCCACCGAGCCCCCCAGCCCCCAUCCACCCAGCCCCCCAUCCACCGAGCCCCCCAGCCCCCAUCCACCCAGCCCCCAUCCACCGAGCCCCCCAUCCAGCCCCCCAUCCCCCACCGCCCCCAUCCACCGAGCCCCCCAUCCACCGAGCCCCCAUCCACCGAGCCCCCAUCCACCGAGCCCCCCAGCCCCCGACCCCCCAGCCACCCAGCCCCCAUCCACCCAUCCACCCAGCCCCCAGCCACCGAGCCCCCCCAGCCCCCAUCCACCGAGCCCCCAGCCACCGAGCCCCCCCAUCCACCGAGCCCCCAGCCACCGAGCCCCCAUCCACCCAUCCACCGAGCCCCCCAUCCACCGAGCCCCCAUCCACCGAGCCCCCAUCCACCGAGCCCCCAGCCACCGAGCCCCCCAUCCACCCAUCCCCCAACCAUCCAGCCACCCGGCCACCCCCUGAGCCACCCAGGCUGCUCCCAGCCACCCAGCCCCCCCCAACCAUCCGGCAACCACGGCUGCAACCCCAGCCAUCCAGCCCCUUCCCGCCCCACACCUCCCAGCCACCCAGCUACCCGGCCAACCACGGCUGCAACCCCAGUCAUCCAGCCCCCCCAACCACUCAGCCCCUUCCGCUCUGCAACCCCCAGCCACUCGGCCACCCCGGCUCCGGAGCCUAG